GCUGCCUUGUUGAACAAACACGUGGAGCACAGGAACCUGUUUGCACUGAGAGCCUGCUGCAAGAGACAGAGCCACUUUGUUUACAUCGGCCAAGGUAAAGCAUUGGUAAAGCACCAUGCGAGGGCAGCACUGUCUCAUUCCACAUACAUUACUUCUAUUCCACAUACAUUACUUCUAAUGGUACUAUCAAAGUCUAGUCCCAUAUUGUAGCCAACUAUUCCCUUAGGGCUAGGCUACUACAAUGCAAAGUCUUCCAAAAACCCUUGAAUAUAAAUUCCCUUGUUUUAUCAUAGACUUAUCUCCUCCUAUUCAACAAUAUUUGUCAGCAGAAUUAUGUGGCUUGAUAAAUGCAAACAAAACUAUAUAUUCAUGUAAAUUGGUGCAAGAUACAUGCAUCCAUAUAGAUGUUUAGGGGUUUAGAGAAUUUGGGGGAUAAUGGAUAAUGUAUAUUAUUGUAAUGAACUCAUUGUUUAACUUGUGUCCUCAGACAUCUCUGGUAGUCCUGUGAGUGUGGAUGUGGGGAUGUGCAGGACGCAUUGUGGGGGAGAACAAAGCAGGACAUCAUAUGAGGCUGGACUACAGCAGGGCUUUUCCAAACACUCCUCCAUGUUGGAAUACCUCAGGAGCAAAAAGGUAAGUGAGCAGUUCCUCAAAUAACCAAAAGAAAGCACUACAACUUCAGGAUUGUAAAGAGUUUAGGAAUUUUAAGGAAUUAAAUUAGGCCUCCUUAUUUAAUAAUUUGAUCAAUAAAAUAACAUAUACCUAUAUUCGAUGAAGACAAAAUAAAAAUGUUUUUCUUAGUUAAAUAUGGUUAUUAUAUUGUUGCAUUAUUAGGGACAUUAUUAUCUCAACAUGAGAGUGCUGAGACCCAAGAUAAGAACACCAUUACAACUUAAUGGGCAUAUAGUCUUCACUAAAAAUAUCUCUUGACAUGUCUUCUAUUUUUCCCUUUAUAAAAGGUAAGGGUUCGCAAACCUGCCACUCCAAUCAGUGCCGAGGGUUCUGGUCAGGUUACAUCCUGCGGGGUGAACCAUAACUGUGAGCCGACCGGGGUGAGGGUGGACCGGAUACUGCUGUUCAAGGGUCCCCGGGAGGUGGAGGUCAUAGAGGAAUGCCAUUGUGAAAACAAACUGACCCAAUGUGUCCGGGUUCCGGCGCUCAAAACCUACUUCUUUGAGACCCCAUACGAGACUGUCAUUGAUGUGGGAAGCUGUUCGGGAUCGAAAGGUUCUCCAGGUGUGUAGGCUUAUCUUUGACUACAAAAAUGACUACAAAAACAGCCAACAUUUAGAGAAGGGUCUGACCGCGUCCAGGGAAGAAGCGCCUUCUCUUUCUAUUGGCUCACAUCUACUUCCUCGUUCUAUGGGUCGACUGUAGCAUUGUAGCUAAACCUAACCCUAUCCCUUUUCCUAACCUUAACCUAAUUCGCCUAACCUGCUACCUUAAUUCACCCAACCUGUUGUGUUAGUUCUCCUAACCUGCUAUGCUAAUUAUCCUUACCUUAUACAUUAAUUAUCCUAACUUGCUACGUUAGAUCUCCUAACCGGCUACGUUAAUUAUCUUUACCUGCUACGUUAAUUAUCCUAACCUGACAAAAAGGGGGCUUGGUUUCCCUGGGCUGUUCUUCCCUGAGCGGUUCUUCGCUGGAGUUUCCCUGGAGUUUCCCUGGAUGCGGGCCACAGUCAGACCUUAUUGAAACUUUAUGGUCGCAAAAACGUAAUGCUUAAAAAAAACAGGUAUCGAUGCCAAUGGGAGAUAAUGGACAAAUGUACAAUGUGCAUAAAAGUGUUGCUCGCAUAGGGGUUAGGAUUGAAACCAGAGAGAGUAGAUUUGUUUUUGUUGUUGUCUCCCACAACCACUGAUACAUACAUGUCCUCGUGUUCUUAAAAUUCAAACCUUAUUUUUGGUGUGUCAUUGCUGUAAUAUAUGGUAUAAUAUUUUUCAUAGCACUCAUUGCUGUACGAACAAUCUUAAUUAAUUUGCACAAAAAAAUAAGAAAAAGAUCCUAAUGGUAAAGUUCUAUUGAUAAUUCAGUGGUAGCAUAAUUACAAAGGCCAUUUCACAGGGCCCAUGGAAGACCAUAGCAUUUCAAUAAGAAAUAACAUCAGACUGAAACAGUUAAUGGACACAGAGGACAUGAAACAAACAAUCAUCAUAGUUCAUGAUCAUGUUCAGAAUGUAAGUAACCCUAAUAAUAUGUUAUAACUAUUUCCUUCUCAGAUGGUUUCUCCUGCGUGCCCACUAAAUUUGUCUCGGCCUUGGUGGAGACCCCUAACAAGGUAGACCUGGUCCAGACGGUGGAGGCCUGUGAGCUGAGUGAGAGCUGCUACAGAGUUCCCUACAUGGAGUACUACUAUGAAAUAGUCUAUGAUGCUGACGGAGUCAAAGAGGAGAAACUCAAGGUGAGCUCACGUUUCAGUAUCCUGUAUUUUUAUUAACAAAGUUAGAAAGCCACUGCCCCAUCAAUACGCCAACUUUACCUGUGCUACACUCUAGCAAUGCAUCAUUUUCUUUUUCAUAAAAAAAUAGCAAAAAGAAAAGCCUGCAGUAACACAUAUGCUUUUUUUUUUUACUUGUCUUUUGGUCUCAUUCUUUAUAGAAACUAUUUUGCCACUCUUCUUUUUUUAAUAAUGAACUUUAAAGCCAUGCACAGACUACAUAAGAUUAACCCUUAUCUGAUCUUAUUCAUUUAUCAGCUAGGCAGCUUCACACCAAUCAGAUGUUUGAUCAGAGAGCAGAGGAAGUUAGUGAUUCCAUCUGAGUGUCAGACACACUAAAAAGGCACCUCCAUUUGUCAGAUAGAUCUGCAAGUAAAAGGUUAUUGGUCCACUUUAAUAAAUUUCCCCUGCACAGAAUCCUGGGAGAUAAAGAGAUGGCAUAUCUUCAAUGGGUUCAGCCCAAAAAUGUUUAAAAUUUUAACUGGAUGGAUGCUAUAGUAUGCACAGAGUGGCUUUUUAUGGGGCACAUUGGGAACAAAACACUUUUCAGGGGUACAGUGCCUUCAUAAAGUAUUCACAGCCCUUGACUUUUCCACAUUUUAUUGGGUUACAGCCUGAAUUUUAAAUGGAUUAAAUGUAAAAUUUUUGUCACUACACACAUAAUGUCAAAGUGGAAUUAUGUGUUUAGAAAAUUUUACAAAUUAAUUACACAUGAAAAGCUGAAAUGUCUUGAGUCAAUAAGUAUUCAACCCCUUUGUUAUGGCAAGCCUAAAUAACUUUAGGAAUAAACAUUUGCUUAACAAGUGACAUAAUAAGUUGCAUGUACUCACUCUGUGUGUAAUAAUAGUGUUCAACAUUAUUUUUGAAUGACUACCUCAUCUCUGUACCCCACACAUAACAAUUAUCUAUAAGGUCCCUCAGUCGAGCAGUGAAUUUCAAACAGAGAUUCAACCACAAAGACCAGGGAGGUUUUCCAAUGCCUCACAAAAAAGGGCACCUAUUGGUAGAUGGGUAAAAAAAAGAAAAAGCAGACAAUGAGAAUUACUUUGAGCAUGGUGAAGUUAUUAAUUACACGUUGGAUGGUGUAUUAAUACUCCCAGUCACUACAAAGUUACAGGUGUCCUUCCUAACUCAGUUGCCGGAGAGGAAGGAUAAUGCUCAGGGAUUUCACCAUGAGGCCAAUGGUGACUUUAAAACAGUUUAAUGGCUGUGAUAGGAGAAAACUGAGGAUGGAUCAAUGACAUUGUAGUUACUCCACAAUACUAACCUAAUUGACAGAGUGAAAAGAAGGAAGCCUGUACAGAAUAAAAAUAUUUCAAAACAUGCAUCCUGUUUGCAAUAAGGCACUUAAGUUAAACUGCAAAAAAUGUGGCAAAGAAAUUAACUUUAUGUCCUGAAUACAAAGCGUUAUGUUUGGGGCAAAUCCAAUACAACACGUCACUGAGUACCACUCUCCAUAUUUUGAAGCAUGGUGGUGGCUGCAUCAUGUUAUGGGUAUGCUUGUCAUCGGCAAGGACUAGAGAGUUUUUUACGAUAAAAAGAAACGGAAUAGAGCUAAGCACAGGCAAAGUCCUAGAAGAAAACCUGGUUCAGUUUGCUUUGCAGCAGACACCGGGACAACAAAUCACCUUUCAGCAGGACCAUAACCUAAAACACAAGGCCAAAUAUACACUGGAGGUGCUUACCAAGACGACAUUGAAUGUUCCUGCAAGACGACAUUGAAUGUUCCUGAGGAGCCUAGUUACAGUAUUGACUUAAAUCGGCUUUAAAAUCUAUGGCAUGACUUGAAAAUGGCUGUCUAGCAAUGAUCAACAACCAACUUGACAGAGCUUGAAGAAUUUUCAAAAGAAUAAUGUGCAAAUAUUGUACAAUCCAGGUGUGCAAAGCUCUUAGAGACUUUCCCAGAAAGAUUCACUGCUGUAAUCGCUGCCAAAGGUGAUUCUAACAUGUAUUGACUCAGGGGGUUGAAUACUUCUCUAAUCAACAUAUAUUUGUGUUUUCCUUUUCUUUUCCUUUUAUAACAAAUGUUAGAAUUUUCUUCCACUUUGACAAUACAGAGUAUUUUGUGUAGAUCAUUGAGAAAAAAAUGAAAAUUAAAUCAAUUUUAAUCCCACUUUGUAACACAACAAAAUGUGGAAAAGUUAAGGGGUGUAAAUACUUUCUGAAGGCAUGUAUAUAUAAGAGCAAACACAAAAUACACAGGGUUAAGCGUGUACAAGGGGGUUCACCUCAACCUUCAGCACCUUCUUGUUGAAGUAAAUUGUUGUACUAUUUACUGCUAUUGUUUAAGACUUCAUUUUAUGUAUAUAUUUUUUGCAAUAUUGUGUAUGUAGACAAAGAUAGAGAAGACAAAAUAUAGUUAUUUAACUAAUCUAAUUCCAAGGUCUGUUAAAUUAAGCCUAUAGGCCAGGAGUAUUCAAAUCUUGCCCUACGAGGUCUGGACUACUGCUGGUUUUCUGUUCUACCUGAUAAUGAAUUGCACCCACCUGGGGUCCCAGGCCUAAAUAAGUCUCUGAUUAGAGGGGAAAAAUUGAAAAAUACAGUGGAACUGGCUUCAAGGUCCAGAUUUGAAUUUGAGGGCUAUAGGAUGUCUGCCACCCCCUCUCACAAAAGGUGUGAGGAGAGCAAACACAAAUGGUCCCUGCAGGUGUUGAAUCAAAGCAGUUAACAUAGAUCCCCCCUCCCUGCUGGUGGGCUGGCCUGGCUGGUGUUUUCAACCUGUGGUGAGUUGAUUGCUGAUGGCCUUGUCUCUGUGUUGCUAAUGUUCCAACAGGAAAUAGACGUGGGCAGAUGUUUAGGAGGCUGCACCACAGGAAAUCGCUGUCUUCUCAGGUAAGCAGAACACAUGCAGCUGCUCCCUCCCUCCCUGAAGCACCCCAGCCCUUCUUCUCCUCCUUCUCCAUCCUUCUACCACCCCUAUCCUAACAACUGCCUGCUAGCUGUUAGCUCUAACACCCUGUAAUACCCAUAAAGUGUUGCUGUUGUGGUUUAAAUACGGCUUGUUUGGUUUGGUUUCUGAUUUACACCAAUUUUCUCAAGAUAUUUUCAAUUUUCACGUUUUGAUUUGUGAUUUCUGUGUAUAUUUUGGUGAUAGGUCUAUAUUUUAACAUUUGAAAGUGUGUCUGCCAGAAGAAUAAAAUAAUAAUGUAUGCACUCACUAACUGUAAGUCGCUCUGGAUAAGAGCGUCUGCUAAAUGACAAAAAAAAAUAAAAAAAUAAAAAAUAGAUAGGACUUCAGUAUUUGGAUUUUUUUUUUUGGGACAACUGUUCACAGUCUUACAACUUCUGUUUUCUCUCUCUGUAUUGCAGGAGCCACUCUGAUUCCGAAGUGUGCUAUCUGUGGGCUGAGAGACCCACCAACUCCUGUGUCCCUCGGGGCUACGACAGCCACAUGUUCCUGAACCAGCAUGGCCAGAUCCGCACAGUCCUCUCCAUCUCCUCCUGUUUCUGUCAGUCCUGA